AUGGCUGGGUAUUGGGCUGAAUCCCGAAUUCUCGGUGGCGUCGUUUUAUUCGACCGUCGCCAGCCAGUACCAGGCUCUAGCGUGGAUCAGGAUGCUAUAUACAUCCACCCUGACAGAGACGACGUAACUUAUAGAAUCUGUCGUUUGACAUCCGAGCAAAAGCUGCAGCUACUCAAGUUUCUCACUGCCGAUGAGCCAGGCCAGAAUCCUCUGCCGAUUCUGCCUAGCGAGAAGAACGAUUACCGCAUUGACCCGGAAGAGUCUCCUGAGGACACUGGGAUAUACAGGGAUAUAUGGGAUCGCUCAGAACUUCGUGAAGAUGCUUAUGACCGAAGGCUAAGGGACGUUUGGAAUAAAGUGGAUUAUCUCACUCACAGUGACAAAGGCAACGCUGGAGACCGAGCACUGGAGAGAAGAAAUAGGAUAUUCUACGCAUAUUCUGAUGACGAGGCCUGA